UUUUCAUUACAUGGUUUCAUUUGAGUUUCAACUGACCAUUUUGUUACAAAGCUCUUCUUAACGUCAUUUGAUCUCUUAAUUCUUUUUUAGCCUGAUUAGAAACGUGUAGUAUUUUUCAUAAACAUGAACUCGAGUGAUUCUAAAUCGGCUGCUGGGGCAGGGGGAGGGGGAGGGGGAGGGGGAGGUUACAAGAGUAGUUGGUGGCAGACGAGCUACAACCAUGCCUAUGGGGGACCGGAGGAGAGUUUCAGGCGAGAAAAUCACCCCCUGAUGCCGAAAGACGACUACAUCACGCUCGUGCAACUCCGAGACCAGGCGAAAGAGUCGACAAAGGAGGUGUGGCGACCGGAAGAGGUGAACCAGUGGGGGAGGGUGAAGGAGAGUCACCCCCUUCCUCUGUACCAGUAUGCCAUUGGUCCCCCCUGCAGGGCAGUGCACCUAACAGCAGUCCUGCUCGACAUCAAUUUGAACCUCCUCGAAGUGAGGCCGGAGAUCAACUCCUUCAAAGACAUGCGGUUCCACCAGAGCCUGGACCCCUACCAUGCAGUGCCUCGACUCACGAGCGACACCGACGACCCGGACUUCCCGGUGGAGCAUCGGGCCAUCAUGAAGUACUUGUGCAGGAAGUUCGCGGCCAGCACUGUCUACGGGGGCAACCGAGGCAUCAGCCUGUACCCCGAUGGUUGGGACGACAGACGAAGGUACAAAAUUGAUGCACUUCUGGACAUGGACGCCAGACAAAUUUACCCGCCAAUUACCGAGUUCGCAAAAUACGUGAUUGAGAACCGCCUGGUAUGCAAGCCAGGAGUUGUGGUGCCGGAAACAAUCAUCGCCCAGCUACGAUCACUCAACGAGACAUUGCACGCCCAUCCUUAUUUGGCAGAUGGCGCCAUAUCUCUCGCCGACUUGGCUGUGUUCGUGUCGAUUACGCAACUGGAGUUGGUGAACUUUGACUUCACGGGGUUUCCUUAUUUGGACGCAUGGAUCAAACGGAUGAAAAAUAUGAGUGCGUUUCAUAGAUUCAAUAAACCAUUUGUUGAUUAUAAAGCGUAUCUGGCGGGGCUUGAGCAUCUAUAAACAAUCUAACCUAUUUGUGUGAGACAUUAAAUGCAUAAAUAUAAAAAUUGGAAUACAUUUUGGCUUUGAUAA